ACGCGGAGCCACGGGAGCAAUAGCAAAUGCGCGCAGCGAGGGGCGCACGGCCGCGUUGGACUUCUCCCAGCCCAGGGACAGCUGGCACGGCUGACGGGCAGCGCGCUGGCAUGCGUCGCUCACCCCCACUGAUGUCACCCCGUCGCUUGGGGAGCGUGCGGGGAUGCGUGCUGCGCUGGGAUACGGGGCUGCGUGGGGACAGGCGCUGCUGAGGAGCCCCCACCCCAACGUGUCACCCCUCUGAUCCGCAGCCCCGCUCCCCAUGAGGCCACCGCUUCUGCCGCUGCUCGUCCUGUGGGUGCCGUGGCUCCUGGGGACCCUGGCGGAGGAAGAGGGCUGCAAUGGGACAACGCGGGCAGGGCUGGAGGCACGGGAUGCACCUGGUGACAGAGGGCUGAUCCUGAAUGUCAGUGCAAGUGAUGAGGGCCGGUCGGGUUCGCUCCUGCUCUCCUGGGAUGAGCCAGAGGGGGGUGCUGAGGGCUAUUUGCUCACCCUCUCCCCGCUGGGGUCGGGCACACUGCUGCAGAAUGGAUCUGUGGGACCCAACGUCACCAACUUCUGGUUCCACGGGCUGACCCCUGGUACAUACUAUGAGAUUGAGGUGACAGCUGCUCUGCGCUGCAUGGACGCCGCCAGGCAGACAGUCACAGCACAGACAAGUCCUUCACCCGUCCGCAACCUGAGCCUGAGCAGCGGCGGCAGCCCGGCCUCACUGCACGCCUCCUGGGCAGCCGGCAGCGGGCAGCGGGAUGGGUACCAGCUCACCCUGUACCACAGCGACUCGCAGACGAUGGUGAGAAACGCGUCCGUCCCACCCAACACCACCGCCUUCCUGUUUGAUGGAUUGGCUGCUGGCAGUGAGUACGCCCUGAAGGUCAGCACGCUGGCUGGGGCCGGCCAGGCGAGCACCAGUAGCCACCAGUGGACAGCACCCUCCAUCCCCGCCCAGCUGAGGCUCAGCCCCAGCUCCAGCACCAGCCUCUCAGCCACCUGGGUGGGCGCAGGGGGGGCUGCCUGGCUGCACCUCGUGCUCCGCAACCUCCACACCCAGACGGUGACCAAGACCCUGUCAGCCAAGAGAGGCCUCACCAGCUACAGCUUCCAGCACCUCCAGCCUGGCACCCAGUACUGGCUGGGGCUGAGCGCCGUGGCCGGGCCCUACGCCGUGGAGGGGCCCAAUGCCACAGCGUGGACAUACCCCCUGAGCCCCACCAACGUGACGCUGAGCAGUGCGGAGGAGCAGAGCUCCCUGCAGGCUCACUGGAGCACCCCGGCUGGACAGAGGGACUUCUACCUGGUGACACUGCGGGAGGAGGAGGUCGGUGCUCCCACCAGGAACAUCUCCGUCGGGGGAGACAACGGCCACGUCACCUUCCAUGGGCUGAGCCCUGGCAAGCAGUACUCUGUGCAGGUGACAGCGGUGGCUGGGCCUUACCGGGCUUCUGCCCGCAGCGCGGCAGCCUGGACACAGCCGCUCCCACCGUCUGCUUUGAGCCUGUCCAGCCACGGCAGCCCCUCCAGCCUACGAGCCAGCUGGGAGGAGGCCAUGGGAGAGGGCUACAUGUUGGCCCUCAGCCCCACAGAGCACCCCGUGAAGAACAGCUCUGUGCUCAGAGGUGCCACCAACGUCACCUAUGAGGGCCUUCGCCCCGGGACCCUCUACACCUUUGAGGUCAGCACCGUGGCUGGUCCCUACACCUCCACGCCCCGGCGCAUCACCAACUGGACAUAUCCUUUGCCCCUGGAGCAGCUGACGCUCAGCAAUCAGGGCUGCAGCACUUCUCUGCAAGCAGCCUGGAGAGCAGCGCCUGCGGGCAGCACUGGCUACACAGGCACCCUCUGGGAGAGCAGAUCUCAGGAGCGGGUCAGAAAUGUGUCUGUGGGGAACAACUGGACGAAUGUCACCUUUGAGGACCUGGUCCCUGGGCGACAGUACACACUGGAGAUGGCUGCUAUGGCUGGGCCUUACAGAUCCAGCGUGCGGUCAGCCACAGACUGGACAUACCCGCUGGCUCCGUCCGGUGUCACCCUGACCAACACCCGGCGCCCGCUGGGACUCUCAGCCUUCUGGGACAAGGCCGCAGGCGACGUGGACCAGUUCCACCUCCAGCUCUACAGCAAGAGCCAUCCAGCACAGAGGAACAUCUCAGUGGGGCCAAACAUCCACAACUUCACCUUCCUGGGGCUGUCCCCUGGCGUGCAGUACUUCCUGAAGGUGUCCGUCCUCGCUGGCCCCUACCGAUCCUCGUCGCACUUUGCCACCGAGUGGACAUAUCCACUGUCUCUGACCAAUGUGAGCGUGCAGCCUGGCCGGAGACCACAGGAGCUGCACGUGAGCUGGGUGGAGUCAGGUGGUGGCAGAGAGCAUUUGGUGCAGCUCUCGGUGGCAGAAUCCCUGUCCGUCAUCAGGAAUGUGUCUGUGCCCCGUGGUGUCACCCACCUGGACCUGGAGGGGCUGGUGCCGGGCUCCCGGUACCGAGUGGAGAUCAUUUCUCAGGCUGGGCCUCAUCGUAUCUCCUCUCAGACUGCCAUCGGCUACACAGUCCCACUGCCUCCACUCUCCCUGUCCACCAGCCCUGUGGGUGCUGCCUGGGCUCUGGCUGUGCACUGGGAGACCCCUCCAGGGCAGAGGGACGGAUACCUGCUCAGCGUGCUCGAGGAAGGCUCUUCCUCACCAGCAAGGAACCUGGAACUGGGGAAGGACAGCACCAACGUCACCCUGACACAGCUGACUCCAGGAGUGUGCUAUCUUGUUGGCAUCUGGGCAGUAGCUGGAGCCUUCCGCUCCUCCCCCAGGAACACCACUGGCUGCACAGUUCCUGCUGCUCCUACAAACCUGAGCCUGACCAACCCAGGCAGCUCCUCCGAGCUCCACACGUGGUGGAACAAACCCCUCGGGAGGAGGGACCACUACCGUGUUGUUCUGCACAGCCUCACCCAGGGCAGAGAUCGGGUGCAGACCUUGAGCCAGGAUGCCCAGAACAUCAGCUGGACUCACCUGGAGGCAGGCAGCAGGUUUGCUGUGCAGGUCAUUGCUGUCAAAGGCUCUUUGGAAGCCUCCUCUGCCAACAUCACCCAAUGGACAUAUCCCUUGGCCCCUGCCAACCUCACCCUGGGCAGCCCCUCAGCCUCAGCACUGCGGGCAUCCUGGGCAGCCGUGGGGCGAGGAGCAGAGAGUUACGAGGCAGAGCUGUAUGACGCAGCCUCCGGCCGCCGUGUUGGACACGUGGUGCUGGCUGGGGGUGCCAGGAGUCACAUCUUCCACAGCCUGAACCCCGGCACCCGCUACAGCGUGGCAGUGAGAGCUGCAGCUGGGCCCUACCACGCCAGCACCCCCAACCUCACCCACUGCACACGCCCGCUGCCCCCGACUGCCGUGCGCCUGCUGAGCACCGGGCACCCCGACAGGCUGAGCGCGUCCUGGGGGGCUGCAGCCGGGGGGCACGAUGGCUACAUGCUGACCCUGUACCAUGCCAUGCUGGGCACCACGGCAGCCACAGCCUCAGCUGGGAGAGACACCCACAACGUCACCUUCAUGGGGCUGGCCCCAGGGUACGAGUACUCCCUGGAGGUCAGUGCCACGGCUGGACCAUACCGGACAGCAGCACCCAACGUCAGUGGUUGGACACCCCCGCUGCCCCCAACUGCCGUGCGCCUGCUGAGCACCGGGCACCCCGACAGGCUGAGCGCGUCCUGGGGGGCUGCAGCCGGGGGGCACGAUGGCUACAUGCUGACCCUGUACCAUGCCAUGCUGGGCACCACGGCAGCCACAGCCUCAGCUGGGAGAGACACCCACAACGUCACCUUCACGGGGCUGGCCCCAGGAAGCAAGUAUUCACUGGAGGUGGCCUCCAUAGCUGGGUCCUACCAGACACCUGCGGGGAACGUCAGCAACUGGACGUAUCCCCUGGCACCCCGUAACGUGUACAUGACAAACCAAGGGUACCCCAACAGGCUGAGUGUGUCCUGGAGAGCCGAACCGCAGGGACACGACGGGUACAGGCUGCUCCUGUACCACUCGGGGUCGGGUGUGUUGGCAGCCAGCACAUCUGUUGGGAAAGGCAUCAGCAAGUUCACCUUUUCUGGCCUGGAUCCGGGACACAAAUACCUGCUGGAGGUGGUGUCUGUGGCAGGGCCCUAUGCAGCCUCCGCGGGGAACAUC